CACUUCUAUGUGGAGAAAAGCAUUCACCGACUUCAAUGGUAAGGCCAUUGCUUAAAAAAUUAUUAGAAAACCAUUUAAAACCACACAUUAAUGACGACCAAAUUAUAAGUAAUUUUAAGCAAACAAUUAUUUCUGAUAUAAAAGAACGAUUUAAUCUUGAGUGUGAUUCAGAAAGCAGAGUCUCUGUACGACAAAUCUCAUCAUUUUUAGAUCCAAGAUAUAAAAAUUUGGAUCAUGAACCUAUCGUUGCGCGAGAAAACAUUCGAUCGUCCGUUAUGGAUUUAUUAAACAGUACUAAUGUUCAUAAUGUAAAUACGCGACGCGAACCAUCACUUCAAAAAAGUGCACUUGAGUUCCUUUACGGUGAUGAUGUAACUGAAGUCAACGAUUUGACGACCGAGUUUCAAAAUUAUUUAGCUGAACCUCAAUUAAAGUUCGACUUAAAUUCAUUUGAUUGGUGGAAAUCGAGAGAAGAUAAAUAUCCAGCAAUUGGAAUAUUGGCAAAAAAAUAUUUAUCAAUACCCGCCACAUCAGUGAGUUCUGAACGAUGCUUUUCAACGGCUGGAAAUGUAGUGAAUUCAAAGCGAACAUCACUAUUAACAAAAAAUGUUAAUUUGUUGGUUUUCUUAUAUCAAAACCGAAAUUUAAUACCAUAA